UCCGCGAAGUGUCAGUAUUUUUUCGACGUUUUUUUCUAGUUUAAUAAAUGAAUCAGUGCACAGUAAUACUUCGCCCCAGCACUUGAACCGUCCUAAGUUUCGACGAUGUCUUACGGUUAUGUCUCUCAAUAUGUGACAGAAGAGCAAGAACUCUCCGAGAGCGACUGUCCGUCAGACGUUCACGUGCACGUUGCGUCGGACCUCACGGAACUCUACCGGAGGAAACAUCAAGCCGUCAGCCAAACCCGGAACCCGGCAGGAACUUAUUAUCACCCUCACAUACCAGCCUACUACGAGCAGCACGGUCGCGUGCAGUCCUGCAGCUGCACUCCCCCAGACGCCCGAUUCUGCUACUACAAAGCCGUUUCGUCCAAUCAAGACUCCUUCCGAGCCCCGAACUUGCGACCCGUCGAGGCAAAAACCCCCACAGCUAGCGCUAAAAAGUACCCCAUCACGGCCAGAACGCCAAGAUAUUACCGCUGCCCUCCCGCCCAACUAUGUAAGCGUCCUUCAACCCUUUGUCUUCCGGUGACGUGCCAGCCCGACCCAGCAGUAGCCCAUCGCCCACGGAAAGCUUCAACGGAAAUUCAACAUUAUCGCGGUCAAGAAGCUUCCUACGCAAUUAACGAUUACGUCAUGAGAACAACAGCAGUCAAAAGAACCGACACCCGACCCGUGGAUUCCGAAGGCGACGUAAACACGAAGCUCAACGACCUGGAGAACUUCCUCACCAAGUUCAACGACGACGACGACGACGAGACCGAGCAAGUCGAGAUAUCCGGAGUGAGCGACCUGGCGAAAAUCCUAAAACCGAAAGUCCCCGCGUCUGUGAAGGCUAAGCAAGAUAAAGUAUUAAAAUUAAGGGCGGUGAAAACGAAUUUGACCGAAACAGUUGCGGCGACGAGCGAGAAAGUCAACAAAUUGGAGGUGACGCAGGCGCCGGAAGAGCCGUUCGAACUACUUUUGCAACGGAUUGAUAGAGCGGGGACUCAGGCGGUUGAAGAGGGACACAAAUCGACAACCGAAAAGACAAAGGUGCCUCAAAUGAGGUCGGAAUUUACGAGUAGGCAAAAACAAGCGCUGUUCUUAGAUCAAAAGCCACCUUUAGAUGAUACGUCGGCUUUGGAACUUCACAAGUCUAAGAGCUACAUCGUUAGUUUAAUUGAUAAAGCGUUGAGCAAGGAGCUGGGGACAGUUCCGGGAGAUAAAACGCAAGAGUUUUUGAAUAUGAGUCCCAAGAAAGCAGUCGAUUUGGUUAAUCGGCACCCGUUUCCGCAAGAUUAUGAGAAAGUGGUGGGUUUGGAAGGAGCACCAGAGAGUUCGUCGAAGAAAGAGGACCAGUGCGCCUGCAAAAGUGAGGAACCCAUGUAUUUGAAACAGCUAAAGCAGCUGCGAUGGAGCCAUUUGCGCCACAUCCAGCGAGAAGCGAAAAGAUUAGCAGAUUUGGAGAGAUUCCUGGAUUCCUUCAGCGAAGCUGAUAGUCCGCCGUAAUACUUUACGAACAUUUUAUUUUACAAAAUUUAUACAAUAAAACUAUAAAAACACA